CCUAGAAUACAUGUGAUAAUUAUAUAUACACAUUGAGACAGAUAUAAGCAAUUAUAGAUAGUUGGAGACAGAAGUUCAGCAUGGCCAUUAAUUCAGAGGUAUUGAAUCAUUGGGGUGGGAUUUUAUCCUGUGGGGGUCAGAUGACAUUGUGUAAUUGGGAGAUAAUGACACCUGUCCAUCUGUGAGUGAACUCAGCUAGGGGUAAUUACCCCAGGUGACAAUCACUCAGGUGAUAUAUACAGGUAGACAACAGGUAGGUUCUACAGACCAGUCUCAAUCAUGACUCUGUCUGAGGAACAACAGAACUUUAUCUUCCAGGAGGGGACUGUUUUACAACAGAUGCCUGGAAGAGGGAAAAAGCGAGCCCGGGAGUCAGAGGGGGAAAAUAAGAUCGCUAAUAAGAAACACAAGAUAACACACCCCUCCCACCCUGAUGUGACAGUGACGGGGGUGGUCCUGGCCUGUGGGGAGGGUGACGUCGGACAGCUGGGUCUUGGUCCUGAUGUCAUGGAGAAGAGUCGACCUGCUCUUAUCAACAUUGACAAUCAGAAAAUAGUGUCAGCAGUAGCGGGGGGCAUGCAUACUGUAUGUCUAACUAAUAAAGGCGAGGUUUAUACCUUUGGGUGCAAUGAUGAGGGUGCUUUAGGGAGGAACACAUCAGAGGAGGGGUCUGAGACUCUCCCUGGCAAGGUGGAUUUCCUGGGGCGAGGGAUUCAGCUGUCUGCUGGGGACAGUCACUCGGCAGUUCUGACAGAUGAGGGGAAGGUCUUUGCCUGGGGAAAUUUCAGAGAUGCUAAUGGUAAGAUAGGACUGACACCAGAGGGCAUCAUGGAGAAGCCGAUCGAGAUGUUACCCGGGGAAACCGUCGUCAAGAUCGCCUCCGGCGGGGAUCAUCUUCUGUGUCUGACAGAGAAGGGAGAGAUCUACUCCUGUGGGUGUGCUGAACAAGGACAGCUGGGAAGGGUGGCAGAGUGCUUUUCUGUGCGAGGAGGAAGGAAAGGUCUAGAAUAUAUAUUAAAGCCAGGUGUUAUUAGAUGUUUGCGACAUAAAUCUCGGAAGAGAGUGUUGUUUGAUGAUGUGUUUUGUGGACAGUACAUGUCAUACGCCCGAGAAAAAGAAACCGGAGCAAUGUACGCCUGGGGUCUCAAUAAUUACUAUCAGCUAGGGAAGGUGUACACGGUAGGGAGAGGAGAAUAUGGCAGACUUGGACAUGGAGAUUCCAACGAGGAAAAGAGAAUCCCCGCCGUCCUGGACCUUCCCCCGUGUAAACAGGUGGCAGCUGGACAGGCAGUAUCCUAUGCUCUUACUGAAUCAGGUGAAGUGUAUGCAUGGGGUAUGGGAACCAGUCAACAACUGGGGUCUGGGGAAGAUGAAGACAUUACAACGCCUCAGAAAAUGACGGGAAAACAACUCAGCACCAGGAAAGUGAUAGCAGUGAGUGGGGGCGGGCAGCACACGGUACUUCUGGCCAGUGAGGAAGCUUCCUGAUGACUCAGAUCACCAUAGCAACCAACAGUGCAGCAGUGAAUGUCAGAAACUUUUAGUGCAGCAGAAAAAAAGCAGGACUUUUACCUACUCCAUCAGUCAUCACAGAUCUCACUGAAUCCCGGAUAGUGAUUGUUUGAUUAUACUGAACUUGUAUUACAAUUUAUGUAGCCGUCUGUGUUCCCUUUAGAGUAAAAUUGCCAUAAAAAAAAUUAUUUGAAAUUAUUUAAAUAAAAUAGAGAUUUGAAUUAUGCCAAUUAAAUGUAAUUUAUAUGAGAUUCAACAAAUGGACGAUAAAUGAUGAUUCAGAUGUUUGUUACUUUGUGUAUGUGAGAUCUUGAACAUUUUAAUGCAAUCAUGUGUUUUAUUCCACAGUGUCUGGGUUUGUUUAGUUACAGAAUGUCUUGUACAAAACUCCAUAGUUUGUAUAAAUCUGUAACUUGAUGGACUUGCUCUCUGUAAUUUUAAGAUGCUCAUUUUAUAUACCAAUCAUUUUAUGUGAAUAAAGUUUUACUAA